CGACUCCAUCUGAAGUCCAUAAUACUAGCGGUCCUCUGUUUCAGUAUUGUAAAAGCGUUUCUUGAACCAACAAACUUCUUAACAACUCGAAAGAAACCGAGCAGAACCACAACGUCCUCUUUCAAAAUGUCCAACAAAAAGUUCGAGAUCGAGAUACUCUCCACGACGGCAGUCACUACCAAAGGUGGUCUGUUGCAUCGAGUCAAGCACAAGUCGUCGUCCACCAACACUGAUAUGAUUUUUGCCAUUUUUCUGCCUUCCGUUUACAAGAUUGGCACGAACAAAGCACCACUUCCUGCGAUCUAUUGGCUAAGCGGCCUGACAUGCACAGAUCAAAACUUUUGCCAAAAGGCUGGUGGUAGCGCCUUUGCGAGAGCCGAGGAGGAAGGCAUCGCUAUGAUCAUGCCAGAUACGUCUCCCCGUGGGGAAGACAUUCCAUCCGAUGACAGUUACGAUCUAGGGACUGGAGGUGGCUUCUAUGUAGAUGCCACGAACGCCCCUUGGGAUGCCAACUACAAUAUGGAAUCGUAUAUUUCCAAGGAGUUGCCCGCUCUGGUGGAAUCUGAAUGGGGAGUUGGCGCCAAUGGAGUGCGUUCGAUAUGCGGUCAUUCGAUGGGAGGACACGGCGCUCUCACGCUGGCGUUGAAAGCUCCUGCUGGAUCAUGGGCGUCUGUUUCAGCUUUUUCUCCCAUUUGCCAUCCCACUGCCUGCCCUUGGGGUGAAAAAGCCUUCAAAAACUAUUUCGGAUCGGUCGAUGCAGGCAAACCUCACGAUGCUACUUUGCUUCUAAAAAAUAGUGGGACAGGUUCCAUUUUUGACGAUAUUCUAAUAGAUGAGGGCACAAACGACGAAUUUCGCGAUGCGGGGCAGCUUUUAGUGGAAGAUUUUGAGAAGGCUGCCGAAGAAGUUGGCCAAAAGUUAACGGUUCGUCGGCAAGACGGACACGACCAUUCGUACCAUUUUAUUGCCGCCUUUAUUGUGGACCAUAUCGGGUUCCAUGCCAGUCGGCUCCGAAAAGCUGCUGGUAAAGCAGAACUUCGGAUGGUUGAAAGGGAGGCUGGUAAUCUUAGUGAAAUGGUGGGUAAACCAAUCAAAUGCAAAGCAAUGGUUGCUCGGGCUGCCAAGGAACCGUUAACUAUGGAGGAGAUAACAGUGGAUCCACCGAAAGCAGGCGAAGUACGCGUCAAGGUGGUGGCGAAUGCAUUGUGCCAUACAGACACCUACACACUAGAGGGAAAAGACCCAGAAGGUCUAUUCCCCUGUAUCCUUGGUCACGAAGCUGGAUGCAUCGUCGAAUCCGUCGGAGAAGGUGUAACCACUGUUAAACCUGGCGACCAUGUCAUUCCAUGCUACACGCCGCAGUGUGCGGAGAGCUCAUGCAUCUUCUGUCAAAGUCCUAAAACUAACCUUUGCCCAUCUAUCCGUGGGACCCAAGGGAAAGGCGUCAUGCCCGAUAAUACGGUUCGCUUCAAGGAUAAAAACGGAAAUCCUAUUUACCACUUCAUGGGAUGCAGUACUAUGUCGGAAUAUACAGUCCUUUCCGAGAUCUCUUGCGCCAAGAUUGCUCCUGAAGCGCCUUUGGAAAAGAUGUGCCUAUUUGGUUGCGGAGUUUCAACUGGCCUUGGAGCUGUUCUCAACACUUGCAAGGUCGAGCCCAACUCGUCAGUCGCUGUUUUCGGACUUGGUGCUGUCGGGUUGGCUGUUGUUCAAGCUGCGAAAAUGGUUGGCGCUAGUCGCAUCAUUGCUGUAGAUAUCAACGCAUCCAAAUUCCAGGCGGCAGUAGACCUUGGAGCCACCGAUUGUGUCAAUAGCGCCGAGCUGGACAAGCCUGUUCAGCAGUAUAUUGCAGGCGAUUUAACCCAGUGGGGUGUUGACUACACUUUUGACUGUACGGGAAACACUUCAGUCAUGCGUGCUGCGUUAGAAUGUGCUCAUCGUGGCUGGGGCACUUCUUGCGUUAUCGGAGUGGCUGCCUCUGGCCAUGAAAUUUCAACUCGUCCAUUCCAGCUCGUAACUGGUCGCAUCUGGAAAGGCACUGCAUUUGGAGGCUACAAAAGUCGAACCGAUGUCCCAAAAUUGGUUCGACAGCAUCUGGAUGGGAACUUACCGAUCGACCAUUUUAUUACGCAUGUUUUCCAUGGGGUUGAAAAAACCAACGAUGCCAUCAAUGCUAUGCAUGCUGGCAAUUGUCUUCGUGCCGUCGUUCACUACUAACUGUAAGUUCACUCUGACAAAGGACACACAGUGAAGAAAUACUUACAUAGUUUACAGUUAGCACUAUC